AUGGAAUCGCGCACUCUUCUCAUAACCGGGGUUUUCGGCUAUAUCGGAGGCUCAAUUUUGUCUGCCAUCCUCAGGACCAAAGAAACGUGGGCUGCUAAUCUGAAAGUAUCGGCCCUGGUUCGAUCUGAAUCACAGGCUACAAAAGUCAAGGAGUUGGGUGUAUCUCCAGAACCAUUCUCAGGCUUCGACGAGCUGGAUAGACUGGAAGAGGUCGGUAAAGGCUUCGACAUUAUUAUUCAUGCUGGUGCUGGCUGGCAUACUCCCUCUGCGAAAGCCCUGAUUAAGGGGCAAGGUGUGCGGCGCCAAACUACGCACGCCGAUGUCCACUAUUUUCAGAUCUCCGGAACCGCAAACUUGAGCGAUCGCCCGUAUACAGAGGGGUAUAUUGAUACUCAUGUCUUCUCCGAUGAAGAGGAUAUCUACUCAUAUGAGAAAUAUCGCGAAUCUCGCGAAACAUACUUCCCGCGGUCUACCGACAUUGCCGUGAUUGAGGAGGGCGAGGCCGCUGGUGUGACUACUUACAUUGUAAUGGCACCUACAAUCUUUGGUCUUGGAAGUGGGUCAUUCAACCGCUUUUCCAUGCAGCUUCCAACCAUGACCGCGGAUGCACUUCGUACAGGCAGCUGCAGUGUUGUUUCUGAGGGAGAUACUGUUUGGAACCACGUGCAUAUCGAGGACCUGGCAGCUCUACACCUGGUCUUGCUUCAGCACAUUUUCCGAGGCAUCAAGAUCCCCUCUGGUCGAAAGGGAAUCUAUUUCUGUGAGACUGGAGAGCACUCACACCUGGAGUUCUCGGAAGACCUGGCUAAGGCUGGCCAUAAGUUGGGCGUUUUCCCCUCUAGUGAGGUGGCGAAGAUUACUAUCCAGGAAGCAGGCGAGAAAUGGGUUUUUGGCAACACAUCUAUUGCUGAACUUGGCUUUGCCUCAAACUCUCGUACGAAAGCUGUCCUCGCUCGCAACUUGGGAUGGGCGCCCUCCCAUGCCGAUGAGUGGGAGAGCACGUUCAGCACUGAGCUGAAUGAAUUUAUCAAUAAUCCUCCCAGUGAACGAGACGUCCUCAAAUAUCUACAGAAAUAG